CUGCAACAUCAAUAACAACGUUGGAUCGAUCGAGUCAAGAAAGGCCAAGACAUUUCUCUAGUACAAAUCCAGCCUUUCAUCUCGGUAACCUUUUACCACCAAUCCCAUCCCAGCUCAAUACAUCGUUAUUCGAUCCAACAAAGCCAUACAUAUGAAUAGCCUGUAUAUAAGGCUCCUCAGCGCCGGUUCAGCCCGCUGACGACAUGGCAGCGGGUGCAUCCGACUCGGACUCGGAUUCGGAAAGCUUGACCGUCGACGUAGGGGCCGAUCCGCCCGUGGACGACUCAAUCUGCAUCGUGUGCCGCACUUCCACGUACAUCGGGCAGACCAUUAAUUGCGAGACGUGCGCGCUUUGGUUUCAUUUCGGAUGUGUGGGCGUCAAACCCGGCGAUGAUGUGGUCGAGCGCGAAGAUAUGCCCUACUUUUGUCCCGAUUGCGUGGGCACGCUUAAACCCGCCCCCACGCCUCGACCCAGAGCUCAAAAGCGAGCGCCGACCACACCCAGUGUGGUCCGAAAUCGUCGUAAUCCCAAAAAUGCCAAAAAUUCUCCGUCUCCGCGAAAUCAGUCUCUGCCCAGUACCAAGACCCCAGCUGAAGAUCAGUUUUGGCCCCAAGACAUCUAGCUCGUCCUUGUCUUCGAUCAGCAGUACCUGGGCCGCUUCCGCCGCCACGCCUACCCCGCCCACCCCGCCCAUCGGAUCGCCGGGUCGACGGCGAGUGUCGGUCAGUCACGAGACUCAGAGUGGCGCUCCCGCUGAGGAGGAAUCGGGACGCAAACGUCGUCGUCGUAAGAGUCAGGACGAGGAGGAGAAGUGGUUAGAUGCGGUCGAGGCCGGAAAUAUGACGGCCGUGGAUCCCGAGCUCAAGUCCAUCAAAGACCCCAAGUUGAUGACCGCUCGACAACGAGCCAUGGUCGAGAAACAAAAAGUGGUUGUCCCUGAGGCCGAGGAUUCUUUUAGCCCCGUCCCCAUGACCGCUGAGGGAGGUCACAUGGCUUUAGAUUAUGGUUAUAAGAAGAAAGAGUUGGACACGGAAGAAUCGCUCCAGUUAAAGGCUAUUAAGUCCCAAAAACGAAAGGUCAUCGAGAUGGAAAAGCGAGAAAAUGACAAGAAAAAGACCAUGGAUCGGUUGUUGAAGAAGAAAGACUCGAAAGCUGCGGCUCGUCAAACGAAAAGCGUCAAGUCAGUGCAUCGGGAGUCACCCAAGUUCAGUUACACGAUCAAUCACUCGGGCCAAUUUGUAUCGGUGCCGGUUCAUGCAACGUUUCCGUUUAAGGCUCAGCCACCUCGAGAACCACCUCCUGUCAUUUUAUGUGCCAUGCCAACUUGCGGUGCACCUAAAAAAUACCAGUGUGCCCGGAGCGGGAAACCCCUUUGCAGUUUGCCUUGUUACAAGGCUAAUCAGCUACUAAUUCAAGCUCAGAACUGAUUUCCAUGUUAUCAGCUAUCUAUAAGCCCGAGCCGUUGUAAUACAAAUAUAUAUAUAUAUUCCGA